AUGGGUCCUCAUCGUCUAGAGGCCAAUGUCGAUGGCCUGAAUAUUAAAAUAGCUAUAGACCGAGGCGGUACCUUUACAGAUUGUUUGGGCAUUGUCGAAGGCCGGGAAGAUGACAUUGUCGUCAAGCUGCUCUCACAAGACCCUUCCAAUUAUGCGGAUGCCCCCAUCGAGGGUAUUCGCCGCAUCUUGGAACAGGCCACUGGAAGGUCAUUUCCCAGAAGCGAAAAAUUGAGCACAGGCGACUUUUCUAGUGUCAGUAUCCGAAUGGGUACGACUGUAGCCACCAACGCACUCCUGGAACGUAAAGGUGACCGAGUAGCGCUUUUGAUUACGAAGGGUUUCAAAGAUGCUUUGCAAAUUGGCAAUCAGUCGCGACCUCAUUUAUUUGAUCUCAACAUCCGCAGACCGGAUGUUUUAUAUGAGGAUGUCGUCGAAGUUGACGAACGAGUGACCAUUGAAGACUACCAGCAAAAUCCUACACCAGACAAACAGGCUCUGGCUACUUCAUUAGAAUCAGACCCACAGUUAACGCGUGGUGUUAGUGGUGAAGUCGUACGGGUUUUGGAAAAUUUGGAUGAGGACAAGGUCCGGAAGGAUCUCCAGAGUUUGUAUGAGAAAGGAUAUCGCUCAAUUGCUGUUGUCUUAGUACAUUCAUACACAUUUCAAGAACACGAACUGGCUAUUGAGCGCAUUGCCAAGGAGGUCGGCUUCCCGAGCAUAUCGCUAUCUAGCCAGCUACUUCCUAUGAUUAAAAUGACAUCUCGUGGUGCGUCUGCAACUGCCGAUGCCUACCUAACGCCCGUCAUUCGACGAUACAUUGAUGGAUUCCGCUCGGGAUUCAAAGACGGAUUGCGGUCAGAGGACACACGAUGCGAGUUCAUGCAGAGUGAUGGCGGUUUGGUGAAUUUCGAAAAAUUCUCGGGCCUACGAGCCAUUCUAUCUGGUCCUGCUGGCGGUGUCGUCGGACACGCACGAACUUCAUUUGAUCCUGCAGACCCUAAACCAGUCAUUGGUUUUGAUAUGGGAGGAACUAGUACUGACGUCUCUCGAUAUGACGGAAAGUUUGAGCACACUUUCGAAAACACCACUGCAGGCGUGACAAUUAUGGCUCCUCAGCUUGAUAUAAAUACUGUGGCCGCUGGAGGAGGUAGUAUUCUCUUCUGGAGACACGGUCUCUUCGUCGUUGGCCCUGACUCGGCUGGGGCGCAUCCCGGACCUGCAUGCUACCGAAAAGGCGGUCCAUUAACCGUGACGGAUGCCAAUCUGUUCCUUGGUAGAUUGCUUCCAGAAUACUUUCCAAAAAUCUUCGGACCCAAUGAGAAUGAAGCACUCGAUGUGGAGAUUACCCGACAGAAGUUCACGGAACUUGCACGUCAAAUACAGGAGGAAACUGGCCAAGCAAAAUCGCCAGAAGAAAUUGCUCUUGGUUUUAUCGAGGUUGCCAACGAAUCAAUGGCCAAGCCAAUCCGAGCAUUGACAGAGGCACGAGGCUAUGAGACUUCAGCACAUAACCUUGCAUGCUUUGGCGGUGCUGGUGGACAACACGCUUGUGCUAUUGCCACAUCCUUAUCGAUUCAAACCGUCAUCAUUCACCGAUACUCGUCAAUUCUUUCUGCAUAUGGGAUGGCCCUAGCCGAUGUCGUUCACGAAGCGCAGGAACCGGCCUCUGGCUUCCUUGACGAACAAUCAUUGAAGGUCAUGCGUGACCGCAUUGAUGUCCUCAAGACUAAGGUUCAAAAGGAGCUCGAAGCUGACGGCAUACCAACUGAACAAAUUCAUCAUGAAGUCUAUUUGAAUCUACGAUAUCAAGGCACUGACAACCUAUUGAUGAUCCUGGAUCCUGAAGAUGGAGACUUUGCCGAAGCUUUCAUCCGAGAGCAUAAGCGAGAAUUUUCAUUCACAUUCCCAGGACGUUCCAUUGUUGUUGAGGAUGUCCGCGUUCGUGGUGUCGGCAAAUCUUUGUCCGUUCCGCAGGAGGCACCUCAAGCUGAGUUAAAGGCAACAAAAGCCUUGUCUAUCGGAAGCGAAAAGCAAGACGACAGCACAAAAGUCUACUUCGCAGGAGUCGGACAUGUCACGACUCCAGUCUUCUUCUUGGGAAACCUACAGCCCGGAAGCCAUAUCAAUGGUCCAGCAAUGAUUAUUGACAAGACACAAACCAUUGUAGUAGAACCACAUGCCAAUGCCACCAUUUUAUCACGACACGUCAUUCUAGACGUUUCGCCACAGAAGAAGCGUGCUCUUGGCGAAGAGUCAACAUUGGUCGUCGAUCCGAUUCGCCUGUCGGUAUUUGGCUACCGAUUUAUGUCGGUGGCUGAUCAGAUGAGUCGCAUGUUUCAGAAGACUUCGGUUUCGACUAAUAUCAAGGAACGACUUGAUUUUUCGUGUGCUGUUUUCUCUCCAGACGGGAAGCUGGUGGCAAAUGCUCCCAAUGUCCCAGUGCAUCUUGGCAGUAUGGAAUAUGCGGUUCGGUAUCAACACGAGCAAUACGCUGGCCAACUACGACCUGGAGAUCACAUCUGCACCAAUCAUCCUUUGGCAGGAGGAACUCACUUGCCAGAUAUCACGAUCAUCACCCCUGUAUGGGAUGCCGAAGGAAAGCAGAUCAUUUUCUAUGUAGCUUCAAGAGGCCAUCAUGCCGAAAUUGGAGGUAUCCAGCCAGGCUCUAUGCCUUCUAACAGUCGACUUCUCUACGAAGAAGGCGCCAUGACAAUGGGAUUCAAGAUUGUUUCCGAGGAUCGUUUCAAUGAGGAUAUUGUGCGAAAGUUCUUGUAUGACGAGCCUGCUUCAUUCCCAGGAUGUAGUGGUACACGUACCUGGAACGACAACGUGUCCGACUUGAAAGCUGCUAUUGCUGCCAACCAAAAGGGAGCAAACCUUCUUCGUGGCUUGGUUGAAGAAAACUCGCUGCAAGUCGUACACUUUUACAUGGACGGUAUCAAGGACAAUGCCGAGGUUGCUGUGCGUGAGUAUUUGAAGAAAGUCGGCAAGCAAACAGGCGACAAGCCCUUGAGAUUCUCCGACUUCAUGGAUGACGGAACGGAGAUUCGCCUGGAAAUUCGGAUAGAUACCGAAACCGGUUCGGCUGACUUUGACUUCACCGGCACUGGAAGGGAGACCUUCAAUUGCUUGAAUGCGCCAAAGGCAAUUGCUCAUUCAGCAAUCAUCUACUCGCUGAGGUGUCUGAUAAAUGUCGACAUUCCUCUUAAUCAAGGUUGUCUCGCGCCUUGCAACGUGAUCAUCCCAAGCGGAACACUCCUCAAUCCUUCUGGAAAUGCAGCUGUGUGCGCAGGUAACCCAAUCACCUCUCAGCGUAUCACAGAUGUAGUAUUGGGUGCAUUUAGUGCAUGUGCUGCAUCUCAGGGAUGCUGUAACAUCAUAUCUUUUGGCAUGGGCGGUAUGGAUAAAAAUGGGAAUGUUGUUCCUGGUUUCGGGGUUGGAGAGACAAUCUGCGGUGGUUCAGGAGCCGGACCUGGCUGGAACGGUACAUCUGCAGUGCAUUGCCAUAUGACCAACACACGUAUUACCGAUGCUGAAGUCUACGAAUUGCGCUACCCAGUCAUUCUUCGCCAAUUUUCUAUCCGCAAGGGCUCCGGGGGACGAGGACAGUACAAUGGAGGCGACGGCUCAGUACGAGAAUUAGAGUUCAGAAUUCCCUUGUCAGUAUCGAUGCUAAGCGAACGACGAGUCUAUCGCCCGUACGGUAUGGCAGGKGGCGAAUCUGGACAGGCCGGUUUGAACCUGUAUGUGAGGAAAGAACACGAUGGCUCCGAACGCACGAUCAACAUUGGAGGAAAGAUGGAGCUGAAUGUACAGCCGGGCGAACGCAUUAUUAUCAACUCACCCGGAGGUGGUGCCUGGGGCUCUCCCAGUGAUGCCUUAGAAGCUGUUCCUGGCAACACUGCACGAAAGAACGUCUUUGAGCCACGGGGCAGUGUACACACAUUCACAGCGAUGGCGGAGGCAGCGCAGUAG